AGGAGGAGGAUUGAUACUUCGGGAACGAAAGCGGAAAAGAGAAGCGAAGAAAAAGAAGAAGAAGAAACAGUGUGAAAAAUGCAGAGGCUCGCAUCGAAGAGGCUCGUAGGGCUGCUGCAAGCCUCACUGAAUGUGACGUCUCGGCCCGCACAGGUCCUGCCAGGCCGCCUCUAUCAUGAGAGGGUCAUCGAGCACUACGACAAGCCCCUGAACGUCGGAUCCUUCGAUAAGAACGAUCCCGCCGUUGGCACCGGACUUGUCGGUGCACCGGCAUGCGGUGACGUCAUGAAGCUCCAGAUCAAGGUCGACGAGGAAACCGGCAAGAUUGUCGACGCUCGCUUCAAGACCUUCGGUUGUGGCUCCGCUAUUGCGUCCUCGUCUGUAGCUUCUGAAUGGGUUAAAGGGAAGCAAUUGGAGGAAGUUGUUACUAUUAAAAACACUGAAAUAGCAAAAUAUCUCUCUCUUCCGCCUGUAAAGUUGCACUGCAGCAUGCUUGCUGAAGAUGCCAUCAAGGCUGCCGUUAAAGAUUAUGAAGCAAAACGUACCAAAUCAAAUGGUAGUGCAACAGCAGCAACUGCAGAGAAGGCGGCGGACGCGUGAUGUGUGUAAUUUGGUGAUGAAUUACAUGGUGGUUGUAUAAUAAUGGAAUGCUACUUACUGAGAAGAGCUUUGGAGUAUAUGCACUUCCCUUGGAAGUAAACUGGAUGCUGAGAAGUGCACCCCCUCCCCCCUCCCCACUUUGUACCUACACAAUAUAGUGCAAGUUUUAUUUUAAAUA